UAUUUUUUCCAAUUUCAUAGGUAAUAGUAACAUUAGUCUGGCUGCUCUGGUUUCCUUUAAUUUAUAAAUACAAUACUUAUCCAUAGUAUAUUACAUUUAAGGUUUAAUAUGAGAUCAAUUCUUUUCACCUUUUCAUUAGCUAAAACAGUAAUCCAUAGUUUUAAUUAAUUAAUUUGUUUACAUUAUAUGUCCUUAAUAACUAAUAUUGUGUUUUUUAUUACAGGCAGCCACGAAACAACUUCUUAAGCUGUGGUAUAAUAUGAAAGCCAAGGCUAGAGAAGCUAAAACCAAAGAAAACGUAAGGUUCAUGACUGGUGGAGGCCCAUUAGUGGAUGAUAUGAAUCCCAUAGAUGCAAAAGUCAUGGAUAUUGAUAAGAAUAUUUUGACGAAUGUACAAGUGGAUGUGGACAGUGACAUAAAUGGUUCAUUGGUGAAACUUGGGGAUGAAAACGAUGAGGCAUGGAGCAAGAACACUAAUUGUUAUGCGGACAUUCCCGAUUUACCUGAUAAAACAAUAGAAAUGACCUUAAAAGAAAGUACAUCUACACCGAGUACAUCUACACAGUGCAUAUCAGAGGAAAAUUUAAAAAAACAUAGUGAACUCUUCACAAUGAAAACCCCAUUGAAAAAAAGUAGUUUUGGGGAGAAAUAUAUGAAUAAAAUUGAUUUAUUAAAAGUAAAAUUAUUAGAAGAGCAAUUACAACACCAGCAAGAAAUGCAUAAAGAAAAAUUAAAAAUAAAAAUAAUGGAAAGGGAACAUAAGGAAAAAAUUUGGGCUAUAGAAUUAAAAAUUAAAGAGAGACAAUUGUUAGAAUAAGGCUUUAAUAAAAAAUUAAGUACA